UCCGAAGCGUUGCCAUUACAGCCGUGUACUGUUCGGCUGUCCCACAAAUCGCGAAUGGAUUUGCGUCAUCGGCAACAAAUGUUUCUUACGGGGGAUCAGCUAAAUACACUUGUUACGAUGGUUUCGACUUCGCUAGCGGUAAAUCAACCGAGGAAAUUUUUUGCACCGAUGAAGGCCGCUGGACACUCGCUCCGUCAUGUAAAGGUAUUUAAUACGGAAGCUGGAAAUUCGUUUGCUCCAUUCUUCAGAUGUUACAUUUUACAUCUAGAAUAUUUGUCACAGGAUCCUACUUGGUCAUCUUAUCCUGGCGAUGCGCAACUGGCAACCGCCAAGCUAGUGCCCAACAAUGACUUGCCCAGCCUUAGCACCGUUUUUGAACGGAGAAAGAAUACUGGAAUUUGGCGAUGGCACUGGCUACGGUACAGUGUUUCGAUUUGA